UUGGUACGGUGAGCCACACUGGCGCUUUUCCUAGGUGUGUAGGCAGCGAGUAGAACACCAGUAAAGUCGCCAACAAUUGGGACUCCCAGGCGGAAGGAGGCUACACCCACUGGAUUUAAAUUGGUCCAAUUCUUUAAGUGACUGAUCCCCCCUACGGCUCCUGGCCGACGGAUGCGAAAACAUAAUAAUGCCAUGCCAGUAUGCUGCUGGGGAAAGCAAAAACGCCACGCUAUUCCAUUAGCCUAAAAUUCGGUUUUGAAUAAUACUAAGAGGAGAAUUGUACAACGGCGUUAUUCUUCAGGGAUGGAGAUCCUUCUUGGUUUGGGGUUUCUUUUCACAUCUUCGCUCGUUGCCAAAGGUGACCAGUUCACGGAUCCUGUUUUCUCCUGUGCUCGCGUCGAGUCCCAUGUAUCGAUGGACCUCAAGAACAUUGAAGGUAUGUGGUUUGUGUUGGAGACGAUACACCACAGCCCGCGCAACUCUACACCCGCCGGCGUCAGCUGGCGUGAAACGUGUCCAGUCCUGCAGUUUCAGGUCGAAGAAAGAGGCGACCCACUGCUGCCUUACAGUCUGAAAAUGUGGUGGCAAGAAGGCACCUUCCACGACGAGUAUUUAUUUAACAUCCCCCAACCUUCGAAAGACCCUGGUUUCUGGCUUACGUCGGGAUUUCAGAACGUCAUACUCCCGCCCAAUACCGUCUACACUCAUUUCGCCGGCACUGUGGAGGUCCUGGGAGUGGAUGAAAACCACAUGGUACUGACUUUCUGCACUCCUGGGACCGUGCUGUACAGCAUCGUCCUGUCGAGGACGAAACGCCUCCACAAAGACAAAAUUGCCGGUGUCAACAAAAUGUUGGAGCGGAGGAGGCUGCCGAAAGUAUCCGUCCUCAAGACCUGCAAGGGAGGUGCUCUAACUAUCGCCCCAAGCGCAAUUCUAAUUUUUAUGUUCCUCUUAUUUAUGAACUACUAAUUUACCCUUAACCUUGUGAAUAUUUGGUAAUUAUUUAUUUAUGUUUACAUUUUCUAAAUGUACAAAAAUUAAUUUUU